AUGACCCUUGAAACCCAGUGGGCCGAUUCCAUGUCGCCGCCUUCUAAUAUUUCAGACAAUGGCGCGCACUCUAGUGCCCGGGACCCUCAUCCACCGACGGUGGCAGCUUUCUCGCCCACAACCAUAGCCGGAUCGUCACUCACGUCUCGACAGCGGUCAAGCGUCAUCGUCCAUCGCAAGUCUCCCCUUUUAGUAGCUACGCCUCCGCCAGUCACACGAGCGCUAGCUCAUUCACACCCUUUCCUGCUUCCGUUAAACAAGCUCGCCGGGCUAUUAACAUGGUCCAGUGGAGACCCGUGGGCGAGUUUCCUGCUGGUAGCCGGGUUUUGGGCCAUUGUGCUGUAUUCAGAUGCCAUCAUUCUGUAUGGAGGACCCAUAUUAGUGGUGGCAGCGCUGAUAUUGGGGAUGUAUUCGCGGCGGUACUCGCCUUUGUCGUCGACGGGAGUUACGGGUGAAAAGCACGGGCACAGGAAACAGCCAUCUGAAAUUAUUCCUACGCGACACCAAAAGAGCUUAGAUGAAAUCGUCGAAACCAUGAGAGAGUUUACGACGCGAUGCAACAUUAUACUAGGGCCGUUGCGCGAGAUGACCGAUUUUCUCUCCACGCAAAGUAGCGCAACAUCCGCUACGACACGGCCAGCUUUGACGUCACUUUUAAUUCGGAUUAUAUGUGUUACGCCAAUAUGGAUACUUCUUACUCUUCCUCCAUUUUACAUCAUCACUACCCGGCGAGUAGUUCUCUCGUUCGGAACAGUCAUUCUUACAUAUCAUUCCAGCCCAGCUCGUGUGUUUCGAGUGCUUCUGUGGAGGUCAUUAACUAUUCGCCGCAUCUGUACUUUUCUUACGGGGCUUAAUUUUUCGACAGAUAAGACUUCCGGUAAGGUGGCAGGUACAUCAAACACUGUCCAGUCAAAGAACCAUGCCACUGCGAUCGCAACGUCAAGCCAUGCCGAGGCUGGAGUACGAUUCACUUUUAUCGUGUACGAGAACCAGCGACGAUGGCUUGGCAUUGGAUGGACAUAUUCACUCUUUCCACAUGAGCGCACAGCAUGGACUGAUGAACAUUUGAACGCUGUUCCACCAAAAGACAGUUUCGAGCUUCCUGAUGCCAAGGGUGGAAACGCAGCAUGGCGCUGGGUUGAAGGCAGCCAAUGGCGCAUUGAAGGCGGCGACGGCACGAGUGAUGGGGGCGGCUGGAUUUAUUACGAUAACAAGUGGCAAGAUGGUCGACGUGGAGACAGCUGGGGUCGGUAUACUCGUCGUCGGCAAUGGUACAGAGAUGCGGAACUAGUCGAAACCAGUGGAAAUGGGGAUGUCUCUGAAAAGGUAGACAAAGUCCAGCAGGACGACGCAGCUAGCAUCAAGACAGUCUCCACUACCGAUCCCCAAUCGAGCGUACGUAAACGACGAUGGUUCAACGGGUCCAAAGACUUGAGCAAGACCGCUCCUCCAUCACCAUCCAACGCGUCCGUUUUCUCAUUCAACAAUAAAGACGGAGACAAUGCCUCUAUUUCUUCAUCACAGCCCGUGGAACGAGCAGCAGUGAGUACAGGCCGGACCUCGAGACCGGUCAGUCUGCAGCGCUCGCGGACAAGCGAUUACAAUUUUAAAUCUGGGAGCUACAGCAGCAGCCCCGGACAAAGGAGCGUGACCAGCUUCAUCCUGCGCGCAGCGACGGCGAACGGUGACGGCGACAACGACAACGACAGCCAGAAGAGCAUUCGAGAUCGUGAAAUUGAGGAUGCGCAGAACCGGCUUGAUCAAUGGGGGGCGCGCGCCAGUGGGGGCACAGAGCGAGCUGAACGGGAGUUGGGUCUGGGGGAUGAUGUGAACAUGGGAUUGAGUUGA